AUGAAGUCGCCCAUCCCCCAUGCUCUUGCGGCGCCUUGCUUCGCGACCUCGCUCGUUCUCGACAAUCCGAUAGACAAUGCAACGCAUACGGCACAGUUAUCCCAGACGACGACUAUUGUCGAAGACCAGUUGAAAUGCUGA